AUGCCAUAUGAUGUCCGCCCACUCUAACCGUGUAGCCGAAGACGUCGGCUCUGUCAUGUGAUCAGCUGUGUCCAAUCACUGCUGAUUGCAUGGCACUGAUGAUCAGUGUGCCCUGAUGAUCAGUGUAGCCCCAUCAGUGCCACCUGUCAAUGUACAUCAAUGCCACCCGCCAGUGCCCAUCAGUGCCAAAUCAAUGCCACCUAUCAGUGCCUAAAAGUGCACAUCAAUGCCACAUAUCAGUGCCCAUCUGAGCUGCCUUUCAGUGCCACCUAUCAGUGCUGCCAAUCAGUGUUGCCUAUCAGUGCACCUAACAGUGCCAGUCAGUGCCACCUAACAGUGCCAGUCAGUACCGCCUAUCAGUACCACCUAUCAGUGCCAUAUAUGAGUGCUGCC